AUGGACUUGGGGAACCACAGCACUGUCACAGAGUUCAUCCUCCUUGGACUGUCUGCCAACCCUCACAUCCAGGCUCUGCUCUUUGUAUUAUUCCUGGGGAUCUACCUCCUGACCCUGAUGGGGAAUCUGACAAUGCUGCUGGUGAUCAGGGCUGACUCCCACCUCCACACGCCCAUGUACUUCUUCCUGAGUCACCUCUCUUUUGUUGAUAUCUGCUUGUCUUCAGUCACUGUGCCCAAGCUACUGAAGGACCUCCUGUCUCAAAAGAAAAUGAUAUCUGUGGAGGGCUGCCUGGCCCAGGUCUUCUUUGUGUUUGUUGCUGCGGGGACUGAAGCCUGUCUGCUUUCCAUGAUGGCCUAUGACCGCUAUGUCGCCAUCUGCCACCCAUUGCUUUAUGGACAGACCAUGAAUAAACAGCUGUACAUGCAGCUUGUGUGGGGCUCCUGGGGCCUGGGCUUUCUGGACGCACUCAUCAAUAUCUUCCUAGCAAUGAACAUGAUCUUCUGUGAGGCCAAAAUCAUCCCUCACUACAGCUGUGAAAUGCCCUCUCUCCUCCCGCUGUCCUGCUCUGAUAUAUCCAGGAACCUCAUUGCUUUGCUCUGUUCCACUCUUCUGCAUGGGCUGGGAACCUUCCUUUUGGUCUUCCUAUCCUAUGUCCGCAUUAUCGCCACCAUCCUGAGCAUCAGCUCUACCUCAGGCAGAAGCAAGGCCUUCUCCACCUGCUCCUCCCACCUCACUGCAGUGACACUUUACUUUGGCUCAGGUUUGCUCCGCCAUCUCAUGCCAAAUUCGGGUUCCCCCAUGCAGUUGAUCUUCUCUGUGCAAUAUACUGUAGUCAUUCCCAUGUUGAAUCCCCUCAUUUACAGCCUGAAAAACAAGGAGGUGAAGGCAGCUCUGCAAAGAACUUUGGAAAAGUAUUUGCAACAUAUCAGGUGCUGAAAUAAAAACAGAGGAUGGUGAAGAAUUGGAGUAAAUUUGUGUA